AUGGGUGAGUGUCUGCGCAGAGCGUGCCCCUGCCUGCAGUCACUGUGGGAGAGGAUCCUCACGGGCAAGAAGGCUCCUCAGCCAGCGGGAGCAGGAGGUGAGGAAGAGGAUGGAGGAGGACGGAGAGGCACCUGCAGCGACGGGGAGCAGCCCCAGGCCCCGACGCCGCCCCCGAAGCCCCCGAAGGAGACAGCCUCCGAGGGUAGCUGCAUCUACACGGCCAUGUGGCCCUUCGAGUCCCGGCACCAGGAGGAGCUGUCCUUCCAGGAGGGGGACCUGUUCAGGGUGGUCAGCCGCAGCGGAGACUGGUGGACGGCGCGGAAGAUCGACCGCAACGGGCACGUCGUGGCGCAGGGCAUCGUCCCCAACAACUACCUGGCGAGGGCAGAGUCCAUCAACGUGCAGCCGUGGUUUUAUGGGAAGCUGAGCCGCUUCGAGGCCCAAAAUCACCUGAUGGCCCCAGGAAACGAAGAGGGAGCCUUCCUCGUCCGACAGAGCGAGAAAGACGACAUCGGAUACGUCCUGUCAGCUCCGUGCCGUGAAGCAGAGGCUGCAGGAGAUGAGGACGGCCGGCCUGUGAUUGGUCAGCUGACAUUUCGCCUUUUUAUUUCUGUCCUGCUCUCAGACUCGGAGCUGAACCACAAAGAGUUUCACAGGGAAGUUCAGAUCCUAAAGCGUCUGCGCCACCGUCACCUCAUCUCGCUGUUCGCCGUGUGCACGGCGACCAUGCCGUACUACAUCAUCACCGAGCUGAUGGAGAAGGGCAGCCUGCUCAAGUUCCUCAGAAGUAAACCUCAGCUUUGUUCAGAGCCGUUUUACAUCUCAGAAGACAAAAAGAUUCCCUACAAGUGGAGCGCUCCCGAGGCCAUCAGCCACGGGAAGUUCUCCAUCAAGUCCGACGUCUGGUCUUUUGGCAUUCUGCUCUACGAGAUCAUCACCAGUGGAGGAGUUCCUUACCCAGCUUACAGUAACCAGGAAGUGUACCAGCAGGUAACCCUGGGAUACAGGAUGCCCAAACCGCCCAACUGCCCAGACUUUCUCUAUGAAAUCAUGAAGCGGUGCUGGAGCAACGAGCCGGCCGACCGGCCCGACUUCAGGGUACUGAGGGUCAAACUGGAGGGCAGCUCGUAUGAGUUGGAGACGGCACAACCCUGAACUGCUGCAGUACAGAUGGAGCGCCACGGGGGGGCAGCAGAGAGGCAGACACAGAGCAGCGACUGCAGAGCUCUUCAGUGAGGACGCGCUUUAAAGAGCAGAACCACCGAGAGUCUGCAAAGACUGCAGCUGACUCUCACCACCAUCACCACCAACAUCAUCACCACCAACACCAUCAUAAACACCAUCACCACAACCAUCA